AUGGGACGCGCGCCUCUGCAUGUCCCGCUGACUUGGGCCUGUGAUUGGUGGAUACACCCGGCUCGCGGUGGGCGGGCGGGCCACGCUGGCUGUCAGUCUCCCGGGGGCAGGCCGGCAACGCCGGCCCCGCUCCCGCCCUCCCCGCAGCUGCCGACGUGGGGCCGGCGGUUAGAGGCUGGGUUGUGGGCGCGGAGCGCCGGCGGGAUGGGGGUGCUGCAGCUGCUGGCGGUGGCCAUCACCUGCUGCUGGUGGCCGCCGGGGAGCCACGGUAAGACCCUGCGAGGCAGCUUCAGCAGCGCUGCGGCCCGAGACGCUCAGGGCCAGAGCAUCGGCCGCUUCGAGUUCCACGGUGACCAUGCUCUUCUGAGUGUCAGAAUCAACAACAUAGCAGUAGCUGUUGGAAAGGAAGCUAAACUCCACCUGUUCCAAGCCCGGGAAUGGCUUAAGCUGCAGGGAAACAGUCAGGAUUAUAGCUGCAGGGAAAAAUUAGCCAAAGCUCAAUUGACAGUGACCAUGAAUCAGACUGAACAUAAUCUGACAGUGUCCCAGAUUCCAUAUCCACAAACUUGGCACGUCUUUUAUGCAGACAAAUAUACGUGUAAAGGUGACAGUGAAAAUUCUCAGGUGGAAGAUAUCCCAUUUGAAAUGAUGUUACUAAACCCGGAUGCUGAAGGGAAUCCAUUCGAUCAUUUUAGCGCUGGAGAAUCUGGGUUCCAUGAGUUCUUUUUCCUCCUAGUCCUAGUGUACUUUGUGAUUGCUUGCAUUUAUGCUCAGUCAUUGUGGCAGGCUAUUAAGAAAGGAGGACCCAUGCACAUGAUUUUAAAGGUUCUGACAACUGCCUUGCUGUCACAAGCUGGCUCAGCUUUAGCUAAUUACAUUCAUUUCUCCAGUUACUCCAAAGAUGGACUAGGGGUACCUUUAAUGGGAAGUUUGGCAGAAUUUUUUGACAUCGCUUCCCAAAUUCAGAUGUUAUACCUACUUCUGAGUCUAUGCAUCGGUUGGACGAUAGUCAGAAUGAAGAAGUCUCAAAGCAGACCUCUCCAGUGGGAUUCUACCCCAGCGUCCACUGGCAUUGCCGUGUUUAUCGUCAUAACACAGGGUAUUUUGCUACUUUGGGAACAGUUUGAAGACACCGGUCCUCACAGCAACCACUCACACCACGACUCAGCAGGCUUCCUUCUGAUCCUUCUAAGAAUUUGCCUGGCAUUGUCACUAGGCUGUGGACUCUACCAGAUCAUCACAGUGGAGAGAAGUACACUAAAAAGGGAGUUCUACAUCACAUUUGCCAAAGGCUGUAUCCUGUGGUUUUUGUGCCAUCCAGUUCUUGCAUGUAUUUCUGUCAUUUUUAAUGACUACCAAAGAGAUAAGGUUAUUACAAUAGGUGUUAUCCUUUGCCAGUCUGUUUCCAUGGUUAUUCUUUACAGACUCUUUCUAUCCCACAGCCUCUACUGGGAAGUUUCUUCACUUUCUUCAGUAACACUACCACUGACCGUAUCAUCUGGACACAAAAGUCGGCCUCACUUCUGAUACUUGAUUUUCUUUAAAGGAAAAGUGAAUUUAUUUAACAGUGCAAUAAGGAUCCAAAUACAGUGACUUGUGAUUUCAUACUUAUUGUAUGAAAUAUUGAACAAAGAAGGCAAAGCAUGUUAUUUAUACAACUGCAUUUAAGCAGUACCAAACCUGAAAAAAGGUAAUACAUGAAAUGUUUUGAAAUAUACUUAAUAAACUUUCAAGAAAGAGUAUUGGCAUAAGGUGAUUUAUGCAAUUCCCAUAUGUAAGUAGAGACGAAAAAGAAUUAUAUAAUAUUUUGCUAAGAGAUUGACCACUUAUAAGCCUCAUAUCAAUAGUUAACUCAGGUUUGAUAGUAUUAUAAAAGGUAAUCAGUUAAUGAUUACUUGCUUAUACAUAUCUAAACUAAAUCCAGUUAUGAAGUCAGUGUAGUACACUGAUUAAAAACUGCUGCUUUUUAUGCUUUAAGGAAAAUGCAUUUCCUGUUGGAGUUUAAGAAAUUGAAAAUGAAAAUGAAUAUAAAAUAUAUUCAUAGUUAAAUAAAUUAGCUUUUGUUUUCUUGUGGGUGGAAUUAUUCUCCAUUUUUUUAAUCAUUUUUGGCUCUAGUUCAGGUUGUAGCUUGAUUAGUAAAGGUUUUUGACAGGUAGUUUAUGAAAAAUAAAGCUUAGCAACAUUAUAUGGGUUGUAAAGACAAAAGGUUUUGAAUCUGAGCACUUAGGUGAAGGGACAAGGAGGUUUACAUGUUUAAAAAGAAAAAAUAAAAAGUACUGUGUGAGAAGGUACUAAAAUUUUAAUCCUUAUACAAUUCAUUUCUCUUACAUUGAAUCCCCAAUUGUAAUUAAGCCAUAUACACAGAUUAAAUUAACAGAAGCAUUUCACAUAAAUGUUGGUUUCACUCAUCAACUACCCAUGAAUUCCUGCCCAAGGAUACUUAAUCAGGAUUAAAUUUUCUAUGAAUAAUUGAAAAACAAAAUACUGACUGGAUUUGUUAUAAUCCGUGUUGGCACUGGAUUCUAAGUAGUUGCCAUCUUGAAUCCUUUGUAAUAAAGCCAUACUUUUUGUGUAUGUGAUGCCCCGGUGUUGAGUAUGCUAGCUAUAAAUAAUCUAUCAAGUGCCUGUUUAAAGAACUGCUAAUGGUUGUCAAUACCUGCUGUAUAAAACGAGUUUUCCCCAUUAAUAGUCACUGACUGGAAACUAUUCUGUUGCUAUUUGUCAGGUUGUUCAGGCCUUUUCAUUUUUACCUCUGGCUUAUUUAAAAGAUAUUUUUUAAUCUACCUUCAAAGGUAUUACAUUUUUAACCAAGAAAUGUGCACUGAUCUGGUAACUCAACUAUUUAAUUAAAUAGUUAAAGUAAUGUAGCACAACUUAAAAAUAUCUAUGGCUUCAUCUUUGUUUUCCCCUUACACCUAUUCUCAUGGGAAAUGAAUAGUAGUCUGAUUCAUUUUAAAGGCAAAGUACAUGUUUUCGUGACUAGUAGUAUGGCAGUGUGACAAAGUUCAGCCUGCUCAUUAAAUCAUUUCUCUGACAGUUCUUUGUAAAUUACUUAACAGAGAGCUACACGUUGCAACUAGAAAGUCUGAGGUAUAUUUCAGGGUUCCAUGAUGGGCUGAGUGGUCGUAACCUUUACUUCUACCAACUCUCACUAGCAACCUCAGUUAUGUCUGUUGUGUUCAACUGAGAUGCAGUUAAUUAAGCUAAAGAAAAAGCCUUUUCAUACAUUUUGUGAACUUGCAACAAUAGGAAGGAAGUAAUCUUUCUGUUAUUCUACACAAAGGACAUACAAACUGUAAUCAACAUAUAUGAAAUAUGUUACUGUGCUUGACACAAAACUUUGACAGGUUUUUUUUUUUACUUUAUGUCUUAAUUUAUGGUUGAACUUGCUGAUAAUUUAUUUUGUUAUUCAAAGCCAUUGUUAAAUGAAGGGAACAGUUAAUAAUUAAUGUAUGAAGCAGUUGUUAAUAAAGUUUAGUAAUCAGAACUUAAAAUUUAUAGUUCCUAAGUCAUGACGCAGCAUCCUCUUUCUCUGAAUGUUUACAUGGAGAUUUGUCAUCAUAGAUUACAGAGAGAGAAGUGUCUACUGCAGACUCUAAUUAAAGAUCAAGACUUACCUACUUCUCUUUCCCUGUCAGAUAAUACUCUUUUAUCUACAUUUUUCUCAAAGAAGAUGAAUGAUCUAGCCAAAGUUCUUCUCUUUUUUUCCAGAAGCAUUUCAUUUCUUCCCUUAGGAAAGUACAGAUGUUUAUUUUCAUUGACAUGUGUGAUCAUGUCCUGCCUGGUUGAAUGACUGCUGUGCGCCAGGCCCCUCACACUCAUACACUCAUCGCCGAGCCCGGCCACACUAACCCAGCUCUCUCUUAACUGAGUGUAAGAGGGAACUAAUAAUUGUUCUAAUGUCCCCUGACUUCUCUUUUGUUUUUGUACUUUACCCUCCUGGUUUAAUGAGCAUACCUAUUCGGUGUAUAUGUUUUUAGUGAGAAUGACUGUCUAUCCAUAGUUAAUUGUGCUGGAAUUAUGCUGAAAUCAGAAACGAGCUUGAGUAUCCAAGUGUGCACCUCAGCACACUUCAGUAUUUGAAGUUUAGCUUUCAGCCAGACAGUAUUGCUGACAGGGAGAUAAAAUCAAAGCAGAAGAGCUUGCUUUAGGAAAGUUUUUCAUCAUCUCAAGUAAAGUAAGACAAGCCUGAGGACCAUAGAAGCUAUACGAGCCUAAGGCCACUUCUAACGUACCGAGACUAGAACUUACACAUCAGUGGGGAGGUUGUCCCCUUCAGCACGUUUCCCUUCAGAGGCUGUGCAUAUUCUCGGGAAAUUGUUUGGAAAUUGGAAUUCUUUGUGAAAUGUUCUCUUUCUAUAGCUUCAGUGGGUCAAAUCGUUGAGCUUUUCGUUGGUUUUUGAAAAGUGAUGUGAUGGGCCAAUGAAUUUGUGACCAUAUUUGCAGAGGUAGUAUCAUUUGUUUUUUUGUUCCAACAUGAAUUCGUGAAUUGAACUACAAUAAUGACAUUGGUUUUCCUCUGAAAUAUGAAAAUAAGUGUGGGGGCACACGAGCCUGAACUCUUGCAGUAAUUCUUGAAGUAAUAUUGCUGCUUCCACACUUUGGCAGCGUUCUCUGCACAACUCCAAGGGCAUCAUGCACAUAUAUUCUUAGGAGUGUUAUUUGCACAGAAUUCCAGGCCUGGAAGCAUAGAAAGAAGUGGUCCUGCCCACUAAACCCAUUCUGUGCAAAGCAAAGAGAAGUCAGGUGGGUCAUGGAAUUCUUUAUGUUACUUUUACCUUUGUUUUUUAAUUUGAAGUUAUUUUGAAAUAGAGUUUUAAAAAUACAAAUCAGAUCAAACGGCUGCCCUGUUAAAAACUCCAUUUGCUUCCCAUUGCACUUGGAAAAAACUGAUCAAUGCUCAUUACCAUGUCCUACAAGCCCCCCCGUGAUGUGGUCCCUGCCCUUCUUUGCUCUCAUUUAAUAUCAUUUUCCCUCUUACCAUAAAACAGCCUCACCACAAACCACCUCAUUUAUAUCACUGCUUUAGAGCCUUUGCACUAGCUAUUUCUUCUGCCUGGGAAAUUCUGUUCCAAAUCUUAGCAUGGUUGCAUGGCUGAACCCUCCUCAUCUUUCAGGCUGUCAUCUCAAAUAUCUUUCAGAGACCCCUGACCAUCUGUGGUAGGUUUAUAUGGUGCCAGUGUAGCUAAGCUGGAGAUGUGCUCCUCGGAAUUCUCCCUGUGUAAUUCUAGGAUAGGGUGGGUGAAAAGACAAGAUGUUUCGGUGUGAGGUGUAGAAGGCAGAAGUAAGUUAGCCAGAUUCAGAUUCUUUUUAGAAUUGAAAGGUCUGAGCAAGGCACACCCUGCUGCUACUCACUGAUGUUUUAGUUCACCUGCUAGCCUGACCUCUUCUUGGGCUUUGGACCCACAGGAACACCAGCUCCUGCUGACUCACCUUCAGCUUCUCUGGCUCCUGAGCCAGGUGUGUGUUUUACUCUGUGACAAAGGAUGGCAAAUUCUGCAGGGCAGCCCCAUCCUUGCAAUUGGAAGUGUGGAGGCAGUGAGAGGGUGGAUUCCAGUCCAUCCUCACGAGUUCCUCUCAGUCCUGUGGGUUCAAUUCAUCCUGCCAGGCUCCAGUGUGUCUUUGCUUCCUCCACUUUGCAACCAUCUUCCCUUCCCACCUGCCAGGUGCAAAAGAACAGCCCCCUAUAAUUCCUAUAUUAAAAGCUUUAUUUUGUGUAUUUAGGAUGUGUGUGUGUGUGCAUACAUUCAUGUCUGUGUGUUCCAGUGAUGUCCUAUGGGGUUUUUAAAAUCAGAUACGGUCGGAUGAUGCAGUCCUGACCAGUGCUGCUUCCCCAUCCCAAAUGCUCUGUCAUAUUAUCCCCUUUUCUCUCUAUAGUAUUUGCUGCUUUAUCUUUGCCUGUUGCCUCUCUCUUCAAUUAGAAUGUAAAUUCUAAGGGAUUUUGGCUGUUGUCUGUAUUGUUCAUUGCUGUAUCCCUAGCACCUAGAGCAUUCCCUGAUGUACACUAGAUGCUCAAAAAUAUUCUUGAAUGAAUGAGAGAAAGCAAUUCUGAAAAACAGUUCCAGAUGUGUAUUUAGCGAUGUAGCAUUAAUUAAAUAAUAGAGCCUCCCAUGACUUCAAUAAUGCUUGCCUGUUCUUUAUUCAAUUAUAUGGAACUGAGAAUGUAAAAAUCUUGAGUCAAGUAGUUACAAAUUCUAAUCUCUAAAGCUCAUCAAUUGUGAGAGGCUUCCUCAAGUUAUCAAAGAGGUAGUUUUUCCCUCUAUUUUAUAUGGUAUUAUAUUAGGACCAUAUGUUUGUUUUCUUAGCUCACCACAACUAAAAGUGCCAAUUUAAAAGAAGUUUGAGUCAGCUAGAGGAAGGAAUGUUGACAGUAGUCAGAAGCAGCUGGGAAAAAUUUUUUAAAAA